AUGCAGAAACCUCUGGAGUUUGGCGCUUUAGAGCCCAGCCUACUGGGUCAUGAGUGGCACUGCAUGUAUAGAACGGUCGAGCCCGUCGAUUUUAGAAAGUCGCAUUUCGAGACUGCAAUGCUGAACGUUAUUCGGCACCCAAACAUAAACUCAACAGUGAUCUUGCGCGCUGACAUGCUCAGGGAAUGGGAGUUCGAUUUUGUGAAUGGCCGAGAAAUCAAGUUCCAAGAGGAAGUGCACAAUGUGACCGACCCAGAUACUCAAGUGAUAAAUAUCGAUGACUUCAGCGUCAGAGAUGUAGCUGUUGCCUCUAACUUGGGCUUAGCUAAAAAGAUGGCAAUGGUUAGACGAAUCAUACCGCGAAACCCCUACAAGGAUGCAAUUAUAAAUCAAACCUGCCUUGUACUGAACUCAACCGAAAACUCUGAAACUUCACUGAUUGUUUACACCCCACAUUUGGAUUCCAAGGAACUUUGCCCAUUUUACAUUCCACACGUGAAGGCAGUGGCGAUUCUGCUGCACCAAUCCCAGCUAUCGGUACACUACAUUCCAUUUACAGACCCUGACGUGCCUGAAAUACAAGACGAGUCGGAGAGGGUGGUGAGGACAGCUCGCAGGCUACUUCAAACUGCCCUAAAGCAUUCACACGGUGUAAAGCUCGGAUACGAAAAGAAAGUAGCACACGACGUCGUCGUUGAUAAAGUGCUGUUUCAAGACAGGUACAUCGCGCUGAAAAAGAAGUACUCGCGAUUUCUUGUCGACAACUGGGCUGAAAGUACGGAUCCUACAAAACACGUUUUUGAAGACAUAGCUAUUGCAGCGUUUUUGAUAGAAUUGUGGGUUAAAACUUAUGGCGAGAAAUUCAAAGACAAUGUUCAGUUCCGCGAUUUAGGAUGCGGAAAUGGUGUGUUGUGUUAUCUUUUAAUUUGCGAAGGUAUCAAAGGAAUGGGCAUUGAUGCGCGUCAGCGUAAGUCCUGGAAGAUAUAUCCUCCCGAAGUACAGAAAUGCUUAAAGGAACAAGUCAUAAUACCUUCCGUCCUCCUGCGGCCUCAUCCCGAGGUCAAAAAAAGAGCCCCGGAGCUCCAGCACAAUGGUAGAUUCUUCCCAAUAAAGAUACAAGAUAAAAUAGCUCCUGCUACAGUUGUUUAUUCUAGUGAGGAUCUACUCAAGUCACCUAGUGUCAACGUCACCGAAUUUCCACGCGAUACUUUUCUCAUUGGCAACCACUCUGACGAACUCACAUGCUGGAUACCCUUGCUCGGGUACCCGUUUGUGGUAAUUCCAUGUUGCUCCCACAACUUUUCGGGUCAAAGAAUUCGUUACGGCGUUAGAAAAGGGCAUGCUAGAAACGGAAACAGCACUUACGCUGGGUUAGUAGAUCGCGUUGAGGCAGUUGCGACGAGAGUUGGGUGGGAUAUUGCUAAGGAAAUGCUGCGCAUCCCAAGUACUAGAAACGCGGCCAUUGUGGGAACAAAUAACCCCGACUUGGCACAAUGGCCCACUCAGGAGGUCUAUGAUACUAUAUUAGAAGACGGCGGCGCAGACGGGUGGAUUGAGAACACAAUGGCUUUAACGAAAAAGUCACCUAGGGCACACUGA